UCCAUAAACAACUACAAUCUUUCCUUCUUCCAAUAUAUUAUAUUCUUGCACCCUGUGAAUGGAUUCCAAGUUCUUUACAAAUCUUUUCAUGCUCUUUCUCUUCUUCUCUUCACGGGUCUCUCUAGGGUUUUCUCAAGAUCUUAAAGACCUUUCUCAAACCGCUGGUGGGUUACCCCAAGAAGCCGGAACUGGCGGCGGGGAUGGAUCGCAAUGCGUGCAAAAGUUGCUGCCAUGCAAAGACUAUUUGCGCUCAGCAACACCGCCGCCGCCAACUUGUUGCAUGCCGUUGAAAGAAAUGGUUGCAAAUGAAGCUGCAUGCCUUUGUAGUGUCAUCACUAAUCCUGGAAUCCUGAAGAGUUUCAACAUCACCGAACAAGAUGCCUUGAAUCUUGCCAAGACUUGCGGUGCAAAUGCUGAUCUCUCAACUUGCAAGCAUGAUUCACCUUCGCCAGCCAGUCCAGCUGUGACACCUCCGGCCGCAAAUUCCUCUACUAAUAGUUCUUCUCCAGACAAGAAAAGUGCAGGGCAUAAAAUGUAUAAUUUGGAGAGAACUAGUUUCACUGCUUUCUUUGUGGCUUUGAUGUUCUUAGCAUUUUCAGUUUAGUCUAUCAAAAUUUUAGUGUCUUAUUUCUUAGAUUAUGUCAAAUAAUAAAUUAAAUUUUGGAA